AUGGCUUUAUCUUCAUCAAUGCGCUUCUUCUCUUCUGCUUCUUUUGGUUUGAUCUUCCCUUUCUCCUCUGAUAAUCACCAACUGCUGAUCUUCGAGUAUUGGCGGCAUCAGGACCGGCAAAACCAAAAAGAAGGGUUCUUAUAUAGUUUGUUCUUUUUUCCCCUUCGCCUUCCUUCAUCUCUGGUGGCUCAACAACAGGGAGAUUCGUCGCUAGCUCCGGGACAGUCUCUGGGACAAGGAGGUCCGUCGUUGGUGCCGGGACAGGGAGGUCCAAAUGGCUCCGUCAUUAGCUCAGGGACAAUAACCUCAGUCGGUGGCUGCUCGGAGGCUCAGGGACCUCUGACGCUACCCCAUGAACCUUGGAUCAUAACACAAUUAGGACAAGUACAUUAG